UGGGCGCGGGCCAAAGCACUAAAAUUGGCUCCCAGCCACCCCGCCUGCACGCCUGCCACCCCAGCACCGAGGAUCCGGGACAGCAGCCAGCCAGCUAGGCGCGAAUCCUUGCUGGUAGCCUGCCGCUCGCGAAUCCCUCAAGUGCUCCCUCCAAUCCUCAUCGCCGCCGUUUAAUAACCGUAGCGGCGCCAUGACAACAAAACCCCAGUGCUGCCCCAACAACAGCCUCACUUCACCCACGUCGCAAUGCGGUGACCAUCAAUCGAUCACGUCGAAUUCCCCCCUCCCAGCAUGCAAACCAAACGAACGAGACCAGCAGACACGCCCAUCUCUCGCCUCGCCUCGCCUCGCCUCGCCUCCAACCACUGGGAUCCGAUCCCGACAGUCAGUCAAGCUGCAGCUCCGCGCCCGCGCCCGCCGCUGCCAAUCGGGUCCUGCCCGCCGCCGUCCAUCGCGGCCCAAUUCUACCGCCUCGAUUUCGUGACGACGACGACGACGACGGUUUGCUCUUGGCUUGGACGUGGCCCCCUGCCCGGGAUAUAUCACCACUAGAACAAGGGCGACUGCGGCCUGCUAGAAACCCGUUGAACACAACGAGUGCGCCUUUCGACCGUAGCCUCGCACGCUGACGGCCGUCGACCGAUCACACGCUCGCUUACGGGAAGACGUAUAUACCACUGCGCAGACACAACAUACCAGACAAGACACGAAGGAUAGAGGAGGAAGAGGAGGAUAGCAGCAGCAGCAGCAGCAGCAGCAGCAGCAACAACAACACGAAGUAGAAAGAAAGCAAACACGUAAAGAGGCGCAUCUCCGACACCCAACCACCACCACCACCACCACCAAUACUCGCUGUCCGACGACGGGGCCAACCCAACGAGCCGACCACGAUGGCGUCCUCGGCGACAGACUCGUCCGUCGUCUACGAGCGGCGCACCGUCGAGCGCCUGCACAAGUACCACUGGCCCGCCAUCCAGCUGAACCUGUGGAUGCUCUUCAUGCUGGUCGCCUCCUCCGCCAUCCUGGGCAUCUUUGCCAACUUUGUCCAGAUCCAGGGCCAGCUCGGCCUGGGCGUGCCAUGGUACUUCCCCUACUACAUAACCGUGGCCGCCCUCGUGAUAAUCUUCAUCGGCAUCCUCCUCUGGCUCAUCUUCCAGCGCCGCCUGCUCCCCUCCAUCGUCAUGAUCGGCGGCUUCAUGCUCUUCGUCCUGUGGCUCGUCGGCCUCAUCGUCACCAGCGUCCAGCUCUGGGGGCCCGCCGGCAGCGUCGCCUCCAACUGCAACGCCGCCGUCUUCGACCGCAACCCCACCGGCCAGACCCUCGAGACCCUCGCCUGGCUGCAGCAGCGCAGCAUCUGCCAGGGCUGGCAGGCCGUCUUCUCGCUGGGCUUGGUGGGCGCCAUCUUCCUGUUGUGGAUCAUGAUUAUGGCCUACCAGGUGUUUGCGGAUAAUGCUUGAGGUUUAAGGCUUAAGGCUUAGGUGGGGGUGGGGAGGGGGGGCGUGGUUUGGUUGGAGGUUUCACGUGGUUAAUGUAGUCAUGCGGAUACGGGUACUGAUAUAUGGGUUUGACGAUUGUUCUGUUUUCUUUUUGGGGGACCUUUAGGGGGUUAGCUGCCCGCCGGGGCUGUCACCUCAUUCUGUUCAGCGGGAUGGACGGGUUGCGCAGAAGAUGCGCUGGCAAAGCCGUAUGGGGCAGUGUCCUCAAGACGAGGUCUUGAUGCCUCGAGGCUACGUAGGGUAUACUCGUCGACAUCGACGAGGUUGGGUCUGCAUAAUAGGAGUCCGGAGCGGCGCAACGCUGGGGAUGCCCACGGGCAAGGACAUUGAUUUCAACUUGGCAUUAUGUUCACAUACCUAGCACUGGAUUUCAAGCAAACAGCAAGAUAUUCACACCUUCAUAAA